AUGAAAGUCGAUAGAGCUAAAAUAGAAACAAUAUCUAAGCUACCACUCCCUAGUUCUGUUAAGGCUGUUAGGAGUUUCUUAGGCCAUGCUGGGUUCUAUAGAAGAUUUAUUACAAAUUUCUCUGAAAUUGCUAGGCCUCUUACUCAAUUACUAGUUAAGGAUGCACCUUUCAUUUUUAAUGAUGCAUGUGUGUCUUCUUUUGAGUUAUUAAAGAAACUUUUGGCCACAGCCCCUAUCAUGGCUUCGCUUGAUUGGGGUCUGCUCUUUGAACUAAUGUGCGAUGCUAAUGACUAUACAGUUGGAGCUGAUGCUAGAACCUUUGUUCAGGUUUGCGACGCUUGUCAGCGCUCAGGUAAUAUCUCUGCCCGUGAUGAAAUGCCCCAAAACAGUAUGCAAACAGUCGAGAUAUUUGAUAUUUUGGGUAUUGACUUCAUAGGAUCCUUCCCUUCCUCAAAUGGUAAUAAGUAUAUCCUUGUGGCUGUUGAGUAUUUCUCCAAAUGGCCGGAGGCACAGGUCUUACCUAUUGACGAUGCUAGAGUUAUUUGCAGGUUCCUUAAAAGGUUAUUUACUAGGUUCGGCACACCUAGAGAGCUAAUUAGUGACAGGGGAACACAUUUUUGCAACGCUCAAUUGGAGAAGGCACUUAGGCGCUAUGAUGUAACGCAGCGGUUCUCCACUCCCUAUCACCCACAAACCAGUGGGCAAGCUGAGGUUACUAAUAGGGGUUUAAAAUGUACCUUAGAGAGAAUUGUGGGUGUAAGUCGGAAGGAUUGGGCCUUGAAACUAGAUGAUGCAUUAUGGGCAUUUAGAACUGCAUAUAUGACCUCCAUAGGUUCUACGCCCUAUAGGCUGGUAAGGAAAGACAGUGACAACUGGGUGAAUUGGAGGAAUGGCGUCAACAAGCGGAAGCUCAGGAGUCGAUGGUCGGGGCCCUUCAUGGUUAAACAAGUUUUCCCAUAUGGCACAAUCGAGCUUCAUCAUCCCAAGAAGGGUGAUUUCAAGGUCAAUGGACAUAGGCUCAAGGUGUAUCACAGAAAUUCAUUAGAGACUGAGCAGCGGGUUAACAUGAUUUUAUACCUGCAACAAUGA